CCGCCGGGGCGUGGGCGGCGGCGGCGCGGGGCCGGGGGGAGCCGCGGGGCCGGGAGCGGGGUAGGCUGCGCCCGUACUUAAGCGAGCUGCCCGAGCCGCUGACGUCUUUCGAAUUGGAGACGGGCUGCCCCGCUCCCGCCCCGGGCUCCAGCGGACACGGCCGGGGACGGAGCCAAGGUACGAGUGUCUAGAAUGUCCAGGCAUGCAAAAAAGCUUAGAGAUCACGAUAUAAAUCCAUGUCUAGCGGAAACAGAUGCCACUACAAAAUGUAUGGAUGACAACAACUAUAACAAGGACAUGUGUACUGAUUAUUUUUUGAAGUACAAAAACUGCAGAAAAUUCUGGCAUGGAAUUAUGAUGCAAAGGAAGAGAAGUGGUGUGAAACCAGAGAUGCCCUCAGCAGAAGAAAGAAAGAAAAUCUUGGAAUCAAUGGGGAAGCCCUACUGACUAGAAACCUGAAUUGAUUGACUGUUGUCACUGUACAUAUGAAGACUUAGCAGCAGGAAGUCACCAUUUUAUGAACUGGAUUUUACAGUUGCCAUAUGUUGGAUGAAAAUAAGAUCUUAAAUUUUGAAAUAUGUGAGCUUUCUAGGAUAGAACUUCCUGGGUUUGUUCAUACUUCCUGUCAUAGGAACCUGGCCUCUUUUUAUUGGGAGAUACGGGUAUCAGUGCAACUUGCAUAGAAACUUUUGGAAGUAGAAACUACCGUGCUGUGAAAUGCUAAAUAUUAAAUUAAUGGGACUUGCAGAAAGUCUGUUUGAAAAGAUGGGAUUGGUGAGCAUUGCAGUGUGGUUCUAAGUUCUGAGGCUGGAGCAAGUUGAGAAGCUGGUACAUGCAACAUGUUCCUUGCACUCAGCUGUUCUGCUCAAUAGUAUGGAUUUACUGUGUGUUACUUUAUCACUAUUUUCACAUGUUGAAUUCUGUGUCCCCAGUUUUAAUAAGACUAUUCAUUAACUAAAAUCCUAAAUCCAACAAGCUUGUCAGUAGGUCUGCCACUGCACUUGUCAGUGACAGCAGAAGCUUGCAGUAAAUCAGAUCUGCAAGCUUUGCUAGUUAUAAGGUUAGAGAGACUGGUGAAGAUAAAACUGAACUCCUCAGGUCUGAGCUGCAUAGUAAUUUCUGUGGAUAGUAAAUCGAUACUUUGGUGGCGGGCCGGCAGGGGCGACUUGCAGACAUGUAAACAGAUCCUCUGAGUGACAUGGCAGGUUUAACUAUAGUACAUCUAUCUAAGACUCUGGACAGCUGAAACCUGGGGUUUGGAAAUGCUUACUCAUACGAGAUUACAAAGCUCAGUUUAAACAGGUACUCUAAUCUUAAAUAAGGUUGAUUCUAACAACUAAUAAAUGUAAAUAUGUUGCUGUCUAUUGGAAACAGUGGUUUUUACCCUUUACCUUCUGGUGUCCUGGCUUAAAAGCUUGUAUCCUGUGAUAAGAGAAAAACUACUGUCAUGAGCUCAGGUUCCAUGUGAAAUCCUUUAGUUAUUGCUGGGAUCAACUUGGCAGAACUCUGGCUGACCUCAUGAAGGAUGGUGUAAAAAUGUUGUCUCUCUAUUUAGACUGUUUUGGAAAGACUUCAUGGCUUUCUGUUUCUCCUGUCUGGUUUGUCUUGUUUCUUUCCACUGUAGGCCUAUUUCUAUGCUUGCUGAGAUUUUUGCACUAUUUCCUUGUUGUUUGAUCUGACUAAUAACUCCACAAAAUCUGCUUUUGCUCUUCCUUUCUGCUUCCUGUCUACAUCUGAGUUUUGAAAUUGAUUGAUCCUACCAUCUCUGUUGGAAUGAAUGUGUAAUCCUAUGCCUUUGGAGUGUGCAAUUCUCCAAGCAAAGCUGUACAGCCUUCAAGCAUGUCACAAGUUCUCUUGUCAGUUCCUGGCAAGGAAAAUUUACUUUCUUCCAUCAAGACCAUAAGAUUCUUUAUUUCAAAUAACUUUGUCUUCACCUAAAGUGCAAACUUAGCCGUUUUCCUCUUUUUGUAGUUGUUUGUUGUUGUUUUGUUGUUGUCUGGUUGGUUGUGGUUUGCUUGCUUGUUUGUUUGUUUUUUGUUUGGUUUUGUUCCCCCGUGUGUGGAGCUGAAGAUACUUUGAUUCUAGAUUCAAGGGCUUGCUCUUUUCUGCCACAUCUUUGCUACCUUUUAAUACCCUCCUACAUACCAGUCUUUCCUCUUUUUUUUGCUCGUUUGGCACCAAUUCUUUUUUUGACUCAUUUUAACAUUUUGGUCUCUUCUCAUUGCAGUGUUUCUCUAGUACCUUUGUUCUGCCUCUGAUCUAAUGAUAUAGUCUUGUAGUGACUUUCUAAUACAGCUCCUUUUGAAAGUCAUGUGUUCUCUGUUCUCUUUCAUAGUGAGAGAAUUUCUUGCUUUCAUUAAACUUAGCCAUAAUACUUCCUCAUUAACCAUGCCUCUAUUUGAUCUUCUUGUCCAUCUGCAGAUUUUGGGAAGCUGUUGUCCUCUUCCUUAGGGUUGGGUCUUUUCAGACUCUUCUGCCUUUGCUGCCUUUCUGGCUUUUUGCCUCCCUUGGUGUCUAAGGGCACCUUCUCUCCUACUUGGCACAGGCUUGUCAUUUGCCACCUCUGCUGUAUCUUUGGACAUGUUCUUUGCUCCUAUGGCUUUAGCUACUAUUCUAGUGCUUGCUGUUUUUCUGUUGCUGUGCUCUUAAACUCUGGGGUUAUGUUAAAAUCUACAGUUCAUUUUAUGUGCAAGAAAAAUGUCAUCUCGUUCUUGAAGUGGGCAUGCUGAUUCUUCUUUGCAUAACCUCAAGUUCCUUAAAGUUAUCUCAUUUAUCCUAGGAUUUCCUUUCAGGUUUUCUUUGCAUGUAGAAAUGUUCUUUCUCUUAGGUUAACUGUUGCACUUACAAGUUGGUUUUGUUUUUUUUUUUUUCCUGACAAUAUUUACUUGGGAAGCUUCCAAUAAUGUUUUCUUUGAAAGGAUGACUGGCAUUGAUGCGUACCCUGUGUUGCUUUGUAAAGUGUUUGUAAAGAACUAGUACUGUACUAGUGUUUGUAAAGUACUAGUACUUCAAAAAAUCAGAAGGAGAUGCAUUACUGCUUUCAGGUGUCAAUGCAAGAAUGUGUGAUCACAGGAUUUGCUAAGGCACGUGUAAUGCAGGAAAAGUAGUCUAACAUUAGACUUCUCAUCAUCAGUGGAUGUACAUGGUAAACUCCCUGUGGAUGUUACAAGAAAAAUUAGUUUAGUGUAGAACUGAGGGCAGUUUAAGCAGUGACCUUGUACAUUUAAUUCAGGUAAUCAGUCAUCUGUUGUAGGGAAUGCCAUUUAUUUCCAUUGCAUAUUCCUUACUGUUAAAUAACACAAGUUUAUGAAAAAUCUUGAGGGAGCAAGGAGUUUUCUUCCUCAUGUUGUAAUGUCUCUCAGGAGUGAUCUGUUAUUUGAGUAUGAGUUUUUAUUUUUAUCCCUCACUCGAGGUUGCUGUUCUUGCUUUCACUACUGAAGCUCAAGUGGUAAGGUGUGAUAGCUUAAACAUAGGCUCUUAGGAGUUGAGAUUUUUCCAUUAAUUUUUGUAGUGUGAUUAACUACCUUUGGUUGUGAGCCAAAGAUAAUGAUCUUUUCUUCAUACCUGAGAUCUUACAUGCCACACUUCACUGAAACAGAGGUAAGCUGCAGUCUGCCACUCUUACUGGACAAAAAAAAAAAAAAACCAAAAAAUCCACCUGGGCUGCAUUCUUAAUUUCCCUAAAGCACACUCUUGUACAUAGCCCAGAAAGCAUAGCACAGAUGGAUCAAUAUAAUUAAGACAGAGGGAAGUGACCUGUGGGUUGGGUUUUGGUUUUGGGGGCUUUUUUAAUACUUGUAAUGACUCAUUUUGCUUGUGAUACAAGGACCAAAUCCGGAUAGCAGCAUUAAUGCUUGAUGAUUUUUUUGUUUGACAGCUGGAUGGUGCUGUUGUACAACAGACUGAAAACAGAAGCACUCCACCCACUACUGACUCUUUCAAGCUUUUUUGGUCUCUUCCCACAGAGGUAUCAGAAUUCAUCCAAUAGAAAGGAAAGAUUGGUCCUGUCUCUACACUAUAAACAGAAAAGGAGGAGAGGAGUUGAAAUCAUUGCUGAGAAAUAGAUUUCUGUACAGCCUGAGAAGCUUUGGAAUAUAUUCCUUGAUAGAUUUUUUCACUGUGGUUAUUUGAUCACACUAGGCACUGAGCAGCAGCUGUAAGCUUUCUCCCAGGUCUAGGUGAAUAUCCUGAUUCCCAUCUGUACAUUUGUGCCAUCUCAUUUUUUCUGUUACCCUACAGUGCAAGCCUUGUCUGGCUCAGAGUUUUCUGCUGCCACAAUUGGGAUGAGUCUGUGCUCUUGAAGAUGUUCAAAGGAAGCCCACAAAAUUGCAGAGUAUGCUGAUUUGGAAAGGACCCACAAGGAUCAUUGAGUCCAGAUUGUCUAGCUCUAGAGUCCUGAAAAUUUCUUUGGAUUUAGCUGAAGCUUUUGAAAGGCAGUGAGUUAAAUCUGCUGCUGCUCUGAGUCUCCUUCACGGUCUUGUAAUGAAACUUCUGCACACAAGUGAUCAAGAACAUGUGCAUAGAUGAGCUUUUGGUAAAACUUGCAGAACAGAUAAGAUGAAUUUAGAGUACAAAAUGUUAUGCUGCUCUAAUGCAUUUGGAGACAACCCUUAACUUGUGUUAAAAAUACCUACAUCUUUAAAGUUGGUCUUCCCAAAUAGCCAUGAAAGAAUUAUUGUGUGGAAAAACAGUACACCAUUGCAGGCUUUUGUUUUCUUGGAAGAAUCUGAGGCAACUGGAAGAAAUAGUUCUGUAAGUAUUAAAGUAAUAAAAAGUAAAACAAACAGACUACUUCAGAAUGUUAUAAUUUCUAUUGCAACCUGUUUGAUAUGAAGAAGAAAAGGGAAGUACUGCACUUAUAUUAACUAAAUACAGUGGAUCAGUUAAACUUAAUUGUUUUAUGACAUAUAUGGUACCAUAUAUAUUAAUUCAAGCUAUCAGAUUGUGACUAAGUAAUUUUUUUCUAUCCUUCAGGUUUCUACUUUAAUGACUCCUAUCUCAAAAUCCUUUUUUUGGAAGAAUGGUUCUGAAAAUCCUCAAUCAUUACUUGCUCUUAAAAGUCCCACUAUUUUUGAGCUGUCUUUACCUAUUUUAUUUCAAUAAACUGCUAUGCCCUGCAAACACUUCCUGAUAUCAAGUGACUGGCAGAACACAACAGAAUUCUGCAUAGGACAAAAUAGAGCUAGUGUCUGUCAAAUGGAAAACAAUUGUAACAAGGUGAUGUGAAAUGACAAAAAAGAUUAUGCUUAAGGUAGUCUAUUCAGUCAAUACCUCAUUUCUAAAAGCAAUUCACAGCUUUAAGACAAAUUUACACUAAUAGAAAUAGGGGCCCUCAGCUCACGCCAGACUUUGAAGAAUCUAAAAAUUUUUAAUUGAUGAUAAAAGAUUGCAAUUGUUUUGGCAAAAAAAAAGAUUUUGCAGUGUUUUUAUGGAAAGAGCCUGCUGGUAAUAUUUUGUUACUGUGUCACACAUGGAUCUCAAAUUUUUGUUUACCUGAAACAUGUGGAUCCCUGACCAGUUCUUGUCUGCAGGGUUGCAUGCAGCUGUUGAAGUGGUCAGUGAAUGUGGUUGCAUAUUACAAGUAGAAUGGCAUUUUCUCCUAUUUUUAUUAAACAGCGGAAUUGAAUGAAGUUGCUAAAUUGGAAUAUGUCAGUCAAACAGUGCUUGCUUCAAUCCAUAAGUUAGAAAUAGAUGGAAUGAAGCUAGCAAGACAAAUCCUUAGGUAGGAGGUACACUAUGAAUUUACCAUAUCCUGCAAUAUCAGUUUUGAGUACUUUCUGGCUGUAUUUUUCCUAAUGCUGAAUGGAUGUUACUGAUAGUCUAAGAAAUGCUGUUUCAUUAUUUAUCUAUGUGACAGGUAAGCUAAAGUGGUUCUUAAGUUAAAGGUGACAGUUCAAGAUGUUGGAAAAGCCCUUUUGACUCUCAGAUUGAAAAUAAACAGGUGUUGAGGGUUCUGUA